CAUUCACCACAGACCCUAAUACAUAUUGGUAAUAGUGACCAUAACACUGACCACAACACGGACCACAGUGUGACCAUAGAGAGAAGGAAAGACCUGCAGGACCAGCUGAGACAGGAGGUGGACGAACACAUCCAAGAGGGGAGAGUAAGUGUGGAGAGGAUGCAGGAGAAAGUGGGUACGAUCCAGCAGCUAAAGGAAGCCCUGAGAGAGGAGGAGAAACAGGAGAGCAGUGAGAAAUCUGGCCACUCAGAACAGGACUGGUACCAGGUGGAGUACAACAGAGCACAGGAGCGGAGGAGGAAGAUCAAAGAGGAUCAUGGGAGAAUGAUACAGGAGGAGGUGGAGAAGAUGGAAAGAGAGCUGGGGCAGGAGCAGGUGACUAACACUUGAGAUUGAUUUAAUCAUGAUAUUCCUCACAUCUUAGACACUCAAACUGUCAAAUGUCCUGCCUCCAUAAAUCUAUCCCUAUGGUCAGACUGAUGGCCCCCAGAGGGAGCUGUUGGUCCUGGGCAGAGAGAGACAGGUCCUGAUUCUACAGAUGGAGGCCCUGCACACUGAGGCCUUGGAGGCUGAGAGAGACCUGGAGACACAGUACCACAGACACCAGCAUGAGCUGCACUCUCUUAGGGAGGAGAGUCUGCAGGUGUUCAGGGUUUUCCGCCAGGUGAGUGAGGAGCAGAGGAGGGUGUCAGAGGGCAGGUACAGGACUCUCCUGCUGGAGGCCAUACAGGAUGCAGUCUACCUGUCUUCUCAGAACCAACAGCUACAGGCAGACAACAAACAGCUCCGCAAAGCAUUGGCAGAGCUAAAGGACAUUCUGUGUGUGCAGGGUGACCUCAAGGGACAAAGAGUAUCCCAGUAACAGUGAGAGGAUGGGGAAAUGUUUCUCAUGAAUUUAUGGCAUUUUAUUACUGGUAAGAAAUAAGAGAAACAAACAUUGAAAUAUUUAUCUUUAAUAUAUAGUAUUGCAUAAACACUUUCUGUACUAUACGUCUUGACAUUGGUAGAGGUAAUGACAAAUGCUAAUAAAAUGAUCAUACUGACAA